GCAUUGUCAAAAUAGUAACUCGUCUAUAUUUCUUGGGCCGUGACUUUGUUUGCGUGAACUUCGAUAUUUGUUUCGGGGAGUAAUGAGUAAUGUACUACAUAAUAAAAUAGAACAUGUAUACUAUCGACAACGUUAAAAUUUAUUAGGUCCUAACAUAUGAUAUUGUCGUUUGGUAAGGGAGCAACCGAACGUCUAUUUUUGCUAUUUAUGUACUUUUGCUAUUUGCGAUCUCAUAGAAUUUUCAAUUGUUGACAAUACACAUUUGCCGUAAUCGUCUGGCCAGAUUCAAGAAAGCUGAAGUGAACAACAUCGGCAUCGGUCUACCAAACGCUCACAUGUAACUUUUUUCAUAAAUUUUCGCUUGGGACAGGAUUUUGAUUAUUCGCCAGGGUUCAGCCAUUACGACGAGCGUUUCCGAUUAUCGUACAAGAUCUACUUUUCAUCACAGAUUUUGGUGUCAAUCGUAGCUGUUGGGGGAAUGAGAAUACCUAUAGAAAACAGUAAUAACGAUAAUUUACAAAUAGUCCCCAGUGCAAGUACAACUUCGGAAAGUCUUCAAGUUCAGCCCAUUUAUUAUACUAAAAAUGCACAGAAUCUGGACAGCUAUAUAAUACAUGAGCCCCAAAAGACUCCUCAAAUCAAGCAAGAGAUAAAAGAAGAAAUACCGACACCUGCGACUUAUUUAUUACCACCAUCACCGUACGCACGCAAUGAAUUCUUCUUAGCAACAACUGAGUCUAACGAGGAAAGCGAUUGGUAUCCCAUUCAGAGUGAUUCUCAAAAUCAAAAUAUCAACGAAGGCCAGCCACUUGAAGAGUUGAAUCUUAGAUCGGGUAAAGAAUUGCAUAGGGGACAAGUUUUUUCAGUCCCUAUAAGGAACCUUCUGCCUCCGAAAGAAAAUGCUCCCAAUGACUUUAUAGUCGUCUCUCCGUCUGUGGAACUAGAAUUACCUAUAGAAGAAAUAGAUCAUACCAUAAACAAUCCUUCUGCAGAGAUAACCAUGUUAAGAACACCGAAGACAGAAAAACACCAUUUUAAAAUAGACAACAUACCACAUCGUCAUAUUUCACCCCCUAAAUAUAAUCUUCAAAAAUAUACAAAUCCAACUAAAUUGUAUCCUAAGAAAUAUAUUGGUGAAUUUAAACCUAUACCAAUACCAAUUUCUCAAUAUAGCGAUGGUUCAACGGACAUACCUGUCGCUAGACCUGUCAAAGUGAUUAUUCCUGAUGACAUCAAAAAUGGUUUUGUGCCACAACCUAUAGAAAACAUUGAAAACUCAUUUGACAACAAUCAAAAAUUAAAUCAAAAUAAUGAAGCGGCCAAGAUUACGACCGCAACUGAUGCGCCCCACACUCAAGUCAUUCCGUCUGAACAAGAUACGUCUGAAACAAACUUCCGACAUCCGAUACGCGACGCUUAUCCAGCACCUGCGAAGCAGAUACCUCAAAAGCAUAUUCCUUUAAAGUCUGACGGCAAACGCACCGAAUUUCGAAUGCAUGGAAUGAAAGGUCCACAUAGCUAUCAAUUUGGUUACGAUACUGGAAAGGGGAAAAAUCGUCAAUUCAGAUACGAAGAAAGGGAUAAUGACGGCCAUGUCCGAGGCCAUUAUGGUUAUGUGGAUAGAGGCGGGAAACUGCGCGUUGUGAACUACGAUGCCGAUCCUGUGCACGGUUUCCGGGCUGAGGCGCCGGUGGAAAAAGAUACAGAAUAAAUUUAUUUAAAAUUAAGUCUUUCUGUGGUGCAGUUUAUUGUUGUAAAUAUUUUAAUUAUACUUUAAAACGUAAUUCUCAUUAAUUAUUUCUAACCAUGUAAGUAAGAUGACUUUAUUUUUUAUAUUGCUUUUUAAAAAAUUUACUUAAUUGUAAGCCGUGCCAUAGUAUAUUUCAAAUUUUAUUUGGAAAUUUUAAUGUUGAUAUUAAAUUAAAAAUAAAAUUCCUGUAUAUUUUUAAUAAUAUAUUGAAAAAGUAUUUUUUAUAUACAUGUAUAUAAGCGUUUAAAGUUGUAUGUAACAAAUAUAUAAAAAUAUAUGACUCAAUAUUUUUCACACUUUGAAGUAUAAAAAAAUCUAAUAUAGUAUAAAACUUUUAACAUGUAAUAAAAAAUUAUUAGUAUGUACAUAGAUGAAUGCAAUAUAAUUAUUUUUGAAUGUUAUCACUGAACUUUUUGUAUGUCCCUGAUUAUAACAUCAAGUAGACUGGACGCACCGAUGCGGAAGAGUUUUGGAGAGAGCCACUCUUGUCCUAAUUCAUUAUAAACCAAUGUCAGCCAAUUAACAGCAUCUUUGGAUGUCUUGAUACCACCAGCGGGUUUCAAGCCCACCUAUAAAUGCAAAUUUUGUUUAACUAUAACUACAAUUGUUCAAUAUAUACAUAUAUAUUUAAUAAAAUAGGAAUCUAUGUAUUGAUUAUUCACCUUAGUUCCAGUCAUCAGAUAAUAGUUUCUUAUAGCACGACACAUCACUAAUCCCACUGGUAAAGUAGCAUUCACAGCCUCCUUUCCUGUGGAAGUUUUUAUAAAGUCGGCUCCUGCCAUCAUUGACACCAUGGAUGCAUUAUAAACCUGAAAUAUUAAAUAAAAUUACAAUUUUUCUUGAUUCA